AUGGAUGGCAGUGUGAUGGCCAGUGUCCCGGACACCGAGCCGCAGCAGCGCAACAAGAUCCCUGACAGAGUCCUCCUCAGCCUACCAAACGAGACUCUCCUCCAGAUCAUCGAGGACCUGGCCACUUCAAGCACAAUCAGUCUCGUUCUUUCCUCUGAGCAGGGCCCGGCUUCACCCAGUGGACGCAGAGGCUUAGUAGCUCUUCCAUUCGUCAACGAGCGCCUACAGAAAAUCAUCAAAUCGGAAUGGGCAAAUGUCAUCACGCUCGCCACCAUACAGAUAGACCACGACGAGCUUCACUACUUGUCCGAAGCCUUCCACGAUAAUGUGUCUAUCGACGCCCACGACUACCUCCGACUGUCAGGCGCGCUGACCAUUCAACAAGUCCGAGAGACUGUGCGUCAUAUCGAACUUGUUUAUCGCCGUAGCGAUGGCCCGUGGACAAAUCCUGAGGGACGCUUCUUUUCCUUCAGAAUGCUCCCUCGCCUCCUCACACUCAAGAUCCAGCGCACUGAGGACAUCGAAGACAUUAAUCUCGAAGCCGGCACAUUCACGGCUCAGGUCGUCGAUGGUAAACCCAAACCCCGCGGCUCAAGGCACCCUACUGGCGACCUGGAAUUCGGAAGUCCAGCGGAACUCGGGGCGUGGUUGGAACAAUAUUGGGAUCACAACAAUAGCCCGGUGCUGAGGUUCCGCAAGAGAGCUAAGACAAUCCGGGUUACGCUUUUGAAGACUACCCAUUGGCAGUUGACUCACGUUCAUCCGGAGUGCUCUGUCGAGGAGCAGGUAGAAGAAGAGUGUCCACAUUGUCGCGAACGAUGGGCAUUGAUGACGUUUGACGUGUCGAUUGACUUCUAUACCCCGGAGGAGAUGAGGGAAAUGGGUAACGAGGAUGACCCAGAAGAUGACUAUGAUUAUUACAGUGGGAAAUACUCUUGA